ACUCCCUUUCCAGGAAGCUCUCGCGCGAAAAUAAUUUGAUGAGGAAAGCGAAUGUCAAUAUCGUCACGUCGCGAGUGGAGAAACUCACGGAUGGAAUAAUCUCGCAUGACCGCUCAGCUUGAUAUCAAGGAUUCAUAUUCCGCGAGAUCUCUUUCUCGAUUCCAUAAAUUGCAUGACAGAACGAUUAACAAAAUUACACACGAAAUAUCAGACGCGAAAAUAUUAAACAUUAUUACUUAUACGAUGUUAAAAGUACAACGCGUUGAGUACUUGGCUAUUUUCUCGGCGCCUCUGAAUUUUUUAAUCAUAACUUUAUUAACCUCAAUAAUUAUCACGAUACAUCCAUUUUCUAAAUUUGGAUAUUCCAUGUGCAAAAUAAAAGCACUAAUGCCUGGGCACGUAUUUGAUCCUAGUCAUUUCUCUUGCUUUGACCUUUAAAUACGAAUAUUGAAACUCUCAGUAUAAAAUAUAUUAUAUAUAGAAUAUAACAAAUGGCGCACAUAAAAUACAGUUUGCGUUUGGGACCGGUUUUAUGUUUUACGAGCGCCACCUUGUAUAUUUAAUGUAUACGUACACAUUCUGUGGUAAAAAUUUAAAUACUUGUAUUUUUAUCGUAAAGACGAAAAUAAUAAGAAUGUUAGUGGGAUACGUAUCGAGAUAUUGGUGCUUUUAUUCCUUACACGUUCGUUGUUCAAAGUCAGAUUACGUCCGAUAGUAGCGAAGUCAUAAAUGUGAUUAUUAACGAGCCUGCCGCAUUUCAAUCUAUAAUCUCGUCUCGAGACUCGAGACAUAUCGGGACGCAAGAUCCAGACGCAAGAUUCAAUUAACGUUCCCGUAAUAAGAACACUCGUCCCGCACCAUGCUGUUCCCUUUAGCUCAUAACAAACGUUAGUGACUUUUUAAUUAACCUAACAGUUACUUCUCGCAGUUUUUUAUCAAAAUAUAUCACGCAGGAUACGCGUCACCCCCGUUACUCGGCUGCCUCUUUCUCGAGACUUAAUUAAGUUAAUAGUAACUUCAGCAAUCCUGAAAAAUUUACUUGUACGCGGCGGGUAUGAUAAAUUCUGCGCGCUCAUAUGUACGAGUAAUUAAAAAAUUUGCAGUCAUGUACAAGUGGAGACCGACAAACCUCUCUUUUACCCUCGUAAUAAUCUGGCCGUAAUAAAGUCGGGGGAAAAAAACGUUUCAUUAAAUUUAUACGCGUCGAAUUUAUUAAAAAGCUCGGCGCUUACACGCAUUAAUCACUCCACGAUUAAAGUCGAGAUAUUUCAGGUUUAAACUCGCGACGCGGCGAGUGUUGUACAACGACGCUUGUCGCGCAAACAGAAUUCUCGCUGAUAAAAUCACAUGCCCGCGUGUCUGUCGUGUUCCAUAUUCUCCGUGAUUAUAAGCAACAUUUGAAUUAUUACAUGCCCACAGACGAACUAGCCUCCUCUCCUCUUUUUCCCCUCCUCCCGACAUCUUUUAUGCAGUAUCUUUUUCGCGCCAGCGAGCCCGAUUGUGCCACAGAGGGCACGUGUUGCGGGCAAAAAUAAACUGAAAUUUGCUAGCCAUUCACGUCUGAUGCGCCUGCAAGAUUAUACACCGCGAUUCCGAUGCAUCAUGCAUGCACCUUCCAUUUCUGACGCUACCGGGUGUCCCGCCACUACCGGCAAAUAUUUUAUUCUGCCGAGACGCGGGCACGUACGUAGAGUGCACAAGGAGACGUUUCAUAGAGAAAAGUGGGUUUCCCCUCCAUUUUUUAUAACUUUCCCGCUUGAGUCCACUUUUAUCUUUUUCGCCUUCUUGCUUCGCCGCGCACUUUCCAGGAGAUCGAAGACGCGCAUCAUGGAACAUUAAUAUCAGACUCUACAUGGACUUCCGGUGUCGAUUUUCCUUCGGAAACUCUCUCCGUUUCUCCCGAGAAGUUUAAUCACAGAAAUGCGACAGGCACACUUCGCGACAGGCACACAGCGCGCGGAGAUGAAUAAAAUCUCAACUAAAAAAUCUCGCGUUCUUUGAUCUCAAGUAAACUUCGUUCCGUUCGAAACUCACGUGUUACACUCGCUUUAAAUUCGUGUAUGCACUCAAACAAAAUGUUUGCCGGGCGGGGAUACACUUUGCUUUAAUACAAUAUGCUUCACCGCAAUCGAAUUUCGCACAAAAGACAGGCGGGAAUUUAUGCAGAUCCCUCGACUGACAUCCCAUGUUGCGUAUUGCAUCGCGGCGGACACGUAAAGAUAUCUCGGUCUCGAGAGUGUAUCGGAGGACACGGUUCACACACGUAAAUAAUUCCGUUCGCAGGUCCAAUCCGACUCGCGCAGAAGUGGGCCGGUCGGCCCCGAGGCUGUAGGCCAGUCCGUGUUUCGUACGCGAAGACCGGGCGGAAGGAAAACCGAUCGUGCUUUGCGUAGCGAGCGAGUGAGCGAAAGAGCGGAGAAGUCGAAUUUUGCUAGAGGGAAAAAAAGAAAGUCGCGAUCGUUAAGCGGCCGCGGACACCCCAAGGCUAAAAGUGAAGACCAAGAUCAUUAUGGAGAUCGAUUGGCGCGCUGAAUCGCGGAGAUAAUUGCACGACGAUAAUGAGGCCGGCUUAGGUGGCGAGCUGACGUCGAGUGAAGAUAUCAACAAGUGUAGAAACGAGGUUGAGAGGACUCCAUAGCGAGCACAAAAGCGCUCGCGAAUCAAGAAUGAAAUGUUCCUGCCGGCUGUUUCCGAGCGGAGAAUUGUAAAGAAGAGCCUCGGCGUGGGAGAGAAUAGCGGUUAGAAAAUUAGACGAGGCGCUCCGACUGCCUCGAGGCGGCUAACGUUUCCCGGGGAUCAGACGUACGGAAAAUCGCGAAGGAGAGAGAGAGAGAGAGAGAGAGAGAGAGAGAGAGAGAGAGAGAGAGAGAAGGUCUAACCUCGUCAAGGACAAAGCGAAGAAAAACGAAGGGUCGAGCGAGAGUAAUCAGCGCGCGAGAUGGAUACAAUUAUAUCUCUAACGGAUACAAUUAUAAAAAGCAUCAAUUUUUAAACGUUACCACUAUCGAGAAGGACACUCAGCUAAUACGCCCUUCACGACGUACGCAAAACUGGAAAAGGGGAUUGUUUCCGUGUAAUAAUUUAACAAUUAUUUUCGCGUAUCUGACAGAGGAAAAAUUCGCUGCUGAGAAUCUCAAGGAUCGCUCUGGAAGACAAGAAACUCAAACUAAUGAGUUCGUUUGUACAAACAAGAGGCAAAUGAUUGAGGAAUCAAUUGACGUAAGAGGAUACACGCUGAUCCAAACGAAGAAAUUAUUACGAGAGGAGCAACGGCUGUUUGCACGGGAGAAAUCGGCGGAGCAAUCGAGAAACCUGUUUUCUCGCGGGGGAAACAAAUAAUCACGGACGCGCCAGCCUCUCGAUCUGAAGAACCCUAAUAAGAGGACAAACACGUGUUUAGUACUUUCACCGAAACCGCCGAGACGAAUUAAUAUAUCGACGCGAUCGCGUAAAAUAGACGUUCGUGCGGCAGACGACAGCGAGACCGGUAGAAACCCUAGGGAGACACUCGAAAUCGACUCGGCUAAUAAAGAGGACCGGAUCGCCGGGGAAGAUAGCAAGGGAGCGACGUAUUCUUGAGCAGCACGUAAAUUGGCGAAAGCAGCGUAUACGAGGAUCCAUCGCCGCGACGGACUCGCCCUCGAGUAUGCCGUAAGAAAAGUAUCAAUUUGCGAGAGAACACGGGAGGUGGGCAGGGUUCACGAAGACGCGUGGCUACGGGUCAAAGAUCGCAUCGAGGACAGAGAGAAAGGAUCGUGAAAGUUCCGAAGUGGAGGCGAAGAAAAGCCGGCCCGGCGAGAAUAGUGGGUGGCUCAGAUAUGGCUUGUCCCGGGGUCGGGGGCUCGUAAAGGUGAUUCUCAAGCGGGUGUUUUUAACCACCCCACGCGCACCCGCCCGGCUUCUUCGAGGCGAAAUAAAUAUAUUCCGGGCUCGGCUUGUCGGGGGAGAAUAGGCGUUAGGAAAAUAAGACGGCGAAGUGGACGAAGAUGAGCAGGCAGUCUGUGCCACCUACCACGGGCAUCAAUUCCUGCGAGAGGAUCAGGCCGGAACGGCCCAGAAAUCCGAUCCAGAGACUCGUAUGGGGUCCCGGAUCGCAGUUCCAGGUCGGCCAUAUCGGCAUGUCGGAGGAUGAGGGCUCGAACCCGCGGAUGACGUUGAGAAGGUUGUUAAGAUUGUACGAAGGCAGACAGUACAGGGAAGCGGCCGGCUUUCUGAUGAAGCUGCCGCACUACACCCUGAAGGCUGCCCUGCCGGAUAUUCCGGUGGACCUGUUGAUCGAGACGCUGCCGCACAGCCUCGCCUUGCUCGAGGCACUCUAUUCCCGACUGGUGGAGCUUAACGUCAACGACACGAAGAUCCUGCGGAUCGAGCAAGUUCUCUGGAGAAUUGUGCACCUGAUAUCCACCAGCCAGGACCACUGUCGACUGCGUAUCUGGUGCAAGCUCCUCGUCUCGCUGAGCAGAUUAUCGCCUGGCACGAAGAACGCGCUGAUAUCGCGGCGACGCGCCCUCGAGAGAGCCGUCGAGGGACUCGGUAAGCACGGGCUAGUGCCUUCCAGCCUGACGAGCAGCUCCGAGAACUCCGUUACACCGAACCUGGUGCCAUUGCCGGUCGCGCUCAAAGAGGAACUCGAGACGCGAACGGAGGCUUACAAGUUGGCGUUGCAUAAGAUUGAGAACUUCGGCAAGCACGCCGGCACCCACAAAGCGGAUCAGGGUGUGCAGGCGGCCUCCCAUCAGCGGCAGCUUUCCCUCAAGUACAGCGAGAUCCAGCAGCGGCUGAUCGAUAACCAGAGCCUGCUGAACAACCUGGAGAAAGCGGGCGGCCCGUGCACCUUGGAGAAUCUGUUGGCGGAGCUGAAACGCCGAGUGGAGCAGGACAAGGAGGCGCUCCGACAAUGGACGGCCUUGAGGAAAUCGACCUCCGGGGCGAACACGAAGAAUCCAGCUCUGGCCGCCCGGUUGUUGCAGUUUUCGCGGGGCUGCGCGCUCGCGCUGCAAUUUAUGAGCGAGGAUAACCCGCAGGUAUUUCAACUAGACGAGAAUCUAGGCGACGACUACGAGGAGGAGUCCAGCAGCGCCGGCUACCACACGGACGAGAGUUGCAGCCCUACCCCGGAGCCAGUGGUGGUAGUGGCUACGACCUGCGAAGUGCUCAGGGUGGAGGACAAUUGCUCGGACUUGACCUCGCCGGAUAUCACGGUGGAGCGACUCGCCGAGAGAUACGGCGCCCUUUACGCUCACGCUAAUCUCCACACCCUGGACGCCCUGGACGCGCUGGAGUCGCUCAAGGACGCGCCCGACUUGAAGGCGAAAAUACUCUACUCGGUGGUGGUGCUCUCGUGGCGUCUGGCCGGCAUGGUACAGACAUCGAGGCGUCUGGAGGCCUUGAAGAUCUUGAACGGUGUCGCCGCUGCAGCGACGAACGGCGUGCAGACGGUGACGGUGACGGUGACGACGACGACGACGACGACGGCGGUCACGCCGGAGCUUGAAGAAUGCAUAAAACGGCAACUGGCCACUUCCGGCGCCCAGACCGGUUCUCGAGAGGUCGCCGAGCAGGUGGUCAGCCAGUUGGAGAGGACACUGUACGACUUUCCGUGUCUGCGUGGCUGCGCCGAGGUCAAAAGUUACGCCAGCGCGUGUUCCAGUUUGGCAUGGGCGUGUCUGGCGCGUUCUACACCGCUGGUGCUCGACGUGGCACAGGGUCUCGAGUUCCGACGAGACGUCCACGUGAGGCAUCAUGCCUCCCCGAAUCCGCACGGGACCAGGAUCAGAUCGGUCCUGUGGCCGGGACUUCGGGAAGGCUGCCAAGGCCCUUGCCUUCACAGAGCCGUCGUGCUGACCUGCUGAAGAGCGCGGCCUUUCUGUAACAUUUAAAAAGUAGUUGAUUGAGAUAUGGUUGGCUGUAAAAUUUAAUUUUGCAUGCAAGAAUAUUUUUUAUAUUUUUCGAAAAGAAGAAAUUUUUAAGAGGAUUUUUUUAAUAUUUCUCGAGAGGAAAGUAAUAGCAGGCAUAAAAUAUCGGAUGAAGCAUAUGCAAAGAAUACGGUCUGAUUUUUCAAUCCGAUUUGACUUUAUUGCAUUCAAUGAAAACAAAUUAUUCGUCAAAUAAUCACCCCGUGAUUGUCUAUGAUCCUUCGCCAAUGUUCUGGCGGCAUUUGCAUAUUAUAGUUGCAGAACAUGAUCGAUUUAAUGUCGAGGACAGAAAAAUCAAACCGAGUUUUUUUAAUUGUCCUAAUAUAAAAUCUAAUAUUGGAUUGAUCAUGGCUAUGUAACGAUCUUCUGAUGAUUCCAUAAUCAAUGCUCGCUAAGAGGACGGAAAAUUGUAAGCAUUCAGUUCUAGUAGCCGCGAAGAGGGCUACUUUUGUCCCUGAGUAUUUAUUUCACUAUAACAUCCGUAGAUAUCUGAAGUCUGAUAUAACGCAGAUGGAUCUUACAAAUUUGUAAAAUCAAAAUUUAUCUUUUCAAAGUCCAAAUGACAUGCGUAGAGGAUCAAUAAAAACAACAUAAUCUUGCGACAAAGUGAGGAAAAAAUGAUACACAAAAUAGAAUUUGCAAAUUGAGCGUACAUUGAAUGAUGGAGGUAAUCUUGCACGGAACACCGCACCGUUGCUCCAAUUUUGCUCGCAUUCAUGAUAUGCAUCCUUCGCCGUUGACACUUGACGCCGCAACCGGACCUUAAAUUUCAGAAACGCAUCUUGCUCACGCGUGCGUUGCUCGUGGCACCGUUGGCCGCAGGACGAAGAAUUCAGGGUAGUAUGACACGGUGUUGCGGCACUGUUAUAUCCCCACAUACCAUCUAUGUGGGCCUUAUCUGAUAUUCGCGACAAAAAGAAGUUUGAUAUGAAGGAAGACGAGCUGUCGCUCAAAAAAUUGCACCGACUUGUUGGCACACAAUAAAUUGUAACUAAGGAAAGAGCAUUCGUGAAAUCUACUUAUAAAAAUGGGACUGUAAAUUAUUUGUCAUAUUUAUUAUAUUAUCAAUUUUCGUCAUAUAUAUAUAUACGUAAUAUUUUUAUGAUCACUGUGCCUGAAAAUAUUUCAUCUUUGACACGAUUAGCUUCUUAAAAUAAUGAAUUAUUUAAUAUAUUCGUAAGCUCUCGCGAAAUCGAAGCUGUUGUACAGAGAUUAUGCACACCUCCCCACCCCCCUCAUAAGAUUAAUCGAGGAAUGUAGAAUAUAGAACGCGAUUAAAAAUAUAUAAGAAAUAUAAAUGAUUAAAUCAUUUUAUAAUAUUCAGAAAUAUGAACAAUUUAUAUACUAUUUAUAUUCUAAGUUAAGGAUUAACGCUCGACGUACAUAAAUUUUGCAUUAAGUCACAAAUACUAACAAUAACCGUCGAAACGGUAUAUUUGUUAACGGAUAAACUUUAUUUAAUACUUUUUAACAGGGAUACUGUAUAUUGUUCCACACAUAUCCGCGAUAAAAUUACACAGAUUAACAAUAAAACAUCAAUAAAACAUCUUAAUAAAACGUU